CCGCGCAAUCCGGAGCUAGUUGAAGACAUAGAACAAACAAACAAUUGUUGGGAAGAUGUCACAUGUAAAACUUGAAUCACUGCAGAAGCUACCAACUCGCGAGUUGAAGGAAAUGUGUCGAGAUGCUAAUAUGAAGGUGUCUGGAACAAAAGGCCAGCUGCUGAUGCGUCUAUGUGGCAUGGAGAAGGAAAAACCAAAAACCAGGACCAGAAUGUCAGUGAAGGCGGUCAACAAAUGGCUUGAUAAACAAGGUGUAGCCAACAUCGAAUCUGUCAGCAGAUGCCUUCGUGCAGGAAUCCAGAAGGGUUACAUUGACAUCAGUGGCGAUAGUCCUCUGGAUAAUGUCAUUAUUGAAAGUAGUUGUUAUUGGUGUAAAGGUGACCUAAAAGCAACCAUUCGUGACAUUCUUUACCAACCAGAUUAUGCAGGGUUGGACUAUGAAGAUGGUGGUGAAAUGGCAACUUUGAAAUGUCCAGGCGAAGAAUGCGGUGGCAUCUAUGUGACUAAGAUGUGCAGCAAUGGAACACAUUUUGACUCUGGUAAAUCUCACAACCAUUGCAUAGGUUGUCCAGGCUUCGGCAGGUGCCUCGGAGACUACCGUGAAAUACAUUGUCAGUCCUGCGGUAAACAUUUUUACUCUGGGGGAGGCCUCGAUUGCCCCUGUCAAGGACAAAGCUCUGAUGAUGAUUUUGAUGGUUGUGUUCUGCAGUAGUCUGAAACAUUUUUUGAAGAUCCUUCAAAAUACCUUGUUUUUGUAGUAUUGCAUUACCAUAGUUUGUCAACUGUACAAUACCACAAUGUUGCAAAUUAUUAAUACAGUACCUCUGAUAUACUUACUGUAGGCCAUAGUGUUGUAUCUUAAUAUUGCAUUAAUGUUACCAUAAUUACCCAAAUUUCGAAUGCGAUUACUGUAUGUAUUUCUGAACUUGUAUUAAAUUUUUAUGGUACUUUUAGAUCUUGUGUAAUUAUUAUCUGUGGUAGUUCAAGAAAGAGACUGACAUGUUGCAACUGGUUUCAUGUAAAAUGGCAGGGGUCCUUAAUCUCCCAGAAUUCGGGACAGCCUCCUGUUUUCCUGCAACCCGAUAAGAAUCUCCCAGAAAAUAACCCAUCUCCUGCAAAUUCAUUAAAUCUGCAUAUUUUUACUACUGUAUUACCCCAUUACUAUCAUUUGUCUCAUAGAAGUCAGUGUUGAUUGAUAUUACAAUUUGUAGCAAAACAAAAUUAGAUUGCUAAGAAGGUUGUUUAAACAGAUCUCCAGGAAAUGACUUCUUCCAAAUUUUGACUCCUGAAAUGGUAGAUUUCUCAAUUACAGAAGUGGUCUUAGAGUAUCUAUUACAUGU